AAAGUGCGAGAUAAGGGAGCCUUUCUGUACGCAGCAUUGCUAGAGACUGCGCUGAACCCCUCACAAGUCCGAGGAAGGUGGGUUUGCUUUUGUAUAUGAAGCUCAAGAUCUUGGAAGUGGCAAAGAUUACGCCUUAAAGAGGUUGUUAUCUAAUGAAGAGGAGAAGAACAGAGCUAUCAUUCAAGAAGUUUGUUUUAUGAAAAAGCUUUCGGGUCAUCCUAAUAUUGUCCAGUUCUGUUCUGCUGCAUCAAUAGGAAAAGAAGAAUCUGACACUGGGCAGGGCGAGUUUCUUCUGCUCACCGAGCUUUGUAAAGGGCAGCUGGUGGAAUUCUUAAAGAAAGUUGAAUCCAAAGGGCCUCUUUCAUGUGAUACAGUUUUGAAGAUAUUUUAUCAGACCUGCAGAGCAGUGCAACAUAUGCAUAAACAGAAACCACCUAUUAUUCAUAGAGAUUUAAAGGUGGAGAACAUGCUGAUUAGUAACCAAGGGACAAUUAAGCUGUGUGACUUUGGCAGUGCUACAACUGUAGCACAUUAUCCUGAUUACAGCUGGUCUGCGCAAAAGAGAGCAAUAGUUGAAGAGGAGAUUACAAGAAACACAACACCAAUGUAUAGGACUCCAGAAAUGAUAGACUUGUAUUCAAACUUUCCAAUCGGUGAAAAACAGGAUAUAUGGGCCUUGGGCUGUAUCCUUUAUUUAUUGUGCUUUAGGCAACAUCCAUUUGAAGAUGGGGCUAAGCUUCGCAUAGUCAAUGGGAAAUACUCUAUUCCUCAGAAUGACACUCGAUAUACUGUGUUCCAUGAUCUCAUUCGUUCCACUUUGAAGGUGAACCCAGAGGAGAGGUUGUCAAUCACUGAACUUGUGAAUCAGCUGCAGGAGAUUGCAGCUGCCAGGAACGUGAAUCCUAAAUCUCCUAUCACAGAGCUCCUGGAACAAAAUGGAGGCUAUGGAAACAAUGCUGUGCCUAGAAUGUCUGCAAGUUUGCUGCCACAGGGCUCCAAGCCUGCAGGACAGCUCAACAAUAUGUACAAUGCAGGCCUGACAGUUGCAGAACUUGACCAGUCUUACGGAGGGUUCUUUGAUAUUCUCAAAGGUGGAACAGAACGAUUUUUCACAAACAUCAAGGAUACUUCUUCUAAAGUUAUCCAGUCUGUGGCCAAUUAUGCAAAGGGAGAUUUGGAUAUAUCGUAUAUCACUUCCAGAAUUGCUGUGAUGUCCUUUCCAGCAGAAGGUGUAGAAUCUGCCAUCAAAAAUAACAUAGAAGAUGUGCGGCUAUUUUUAGACUCUAAACACCCUGGAGACUAUGCUGUUUACAAUCUAUCUCCAAGAACAUACAGGUCUUCAAGAUUUCAUAAUAGGGUUUCUGAAUGUGGUUGGCCAGCAAGACGUGCACCAAAUCUUCAAAACCUUUACAGCAUUUGCAAGAACAUGCAUUUAUGGCUAAAGCAAGAUCACAAAAAAGUUUGCAUUGUGCACUGCCUUGAUGGAAGAGCAGCAUCUGCUGUUGUAGUUUGCUCUUUUUUAUGUUUUUGCCGUCUCUUCACUACUGCGGAGGCUGCGGUUUAUAUGUUCAGUAUGAAACGCUGUCCACCUGGCAUUUGGCCUUCUCAUAAAAGGUAUAUAGAGUACAUGUGUGACAUGAUGGCAGAAGAACCCAUUAUUCCUCACAGCAAGCCAAUCCUUAUCAAAUCAAUUAUCAUGACACCAGUUCCUCUGUUCAGCAAGCUGCGAAAUGGCUGUAGGCCUUUUUGUGAAGUUUAUGUUGGGGAUGAAAGAGUGACCACUACCUCACAGGAAUAUGACAAAAUGAAGGACUUCAAAACUGAGGAUGGCAAAGCUGUAAUCCCAUUGGGUAUAACAGUCCAAGGUGAUGUUCUCAUUGUGAUCUAUCAUGCCAGGUCAACAUUAGGAGGCAGACUCCAAGCCAAGAUGGCUUCAAUGAAGAUGUUCCAGAUUCAGUUCCACACAGGUUUUGUGCCCCGGAAUGCCACCACAGUGAAAUUUGCCAAGUAUGAUCUGGAUGCUUGUGACAUUCAAGAGAAAUAUCCUGACUUAUUUCAAGUGAAUCUGGAAGUGGAGGUGGAGCCCAGAGACAGACCCUGUAGUGAGCGAGCACCAUGGGAUAACUUGAACAUAAAGGGACUAAAUCCCAAGAUCCUUUUCUCCAGUCGGGAGGAACAACAAGAGAUUUUAUCAAAAUUUGGUAAACCUGAGCUGCCUAGACAGCCAGGUUCAACAGCACAAUAUGAAGCAGAAGAGUCCAAAUCGGAACAGUCUCCCAAAAGCACACCUACAGAGCCGGACUCUCCACAGAGCAGCAGCACUGAUGCAAAUAACUUCUUCCAUACUCUGGAUUGGGAAGAAGGAAAAGAUCCAGAGACUGGAGCAGAGGACCGCUUGUCCAAAGAUAAUCAUCCUGGACUGAUUGAUGACAGGGAUGAAAGUGACCCAUCAGAUGAAGAAUUUGCUGCAUUUCCUAGUGAAGGAAGAACAGAAAUAGUUGAAGAAAAAGAAAAACCCAGUCUUCCAGAAGAAGAUGCAGAUAUAUUUUUUGAAGCUAAUUUUGAAACUCCGUCUGCCCAACCACAAGAACCUCAGUUGGAAGACCACGUAGAUUUAUUGGGACUAGACUCCGAUGUUCCAUCAGAGCAGACUCAAACUGCCUCAGAGAUGAAGAGCUCAUCUAGUAACGCAGACUUACUGAACAAUUUGUUUGUGGGUAGCAUGUCGCAGGUUUCAGAAGAGUCUACUGGGGACCUUUUAGGAGAAGGGGCAGACUUCUUUUUCAGCAGUCAAUCUCAGCCUUCAGCUAGUAACCAGAGUACAUCUCUACCCACAACAUUGUCUUCUGCUGCUGAUCCAUUUGACCCAUUCACAAUGUCAUCAGGAUCCGAGGAGCCGGCUCUGUCUGGUCCUGAUCUCUUUGGAGACUUUCUUAAUCCAAAUGCAACAUCUACAUCUAGUAUAUUUCCUUCCACACACAGUGCACCACCUCCUUCUUCCAGCUCAGACUUCUUACAUUUAGGAAAUUUGGUGCCAGACCUUCCUAAAAUGACUUCCUCUGCAAGCCACCCAGAUCUUUUAAGUGGAUGGGAUUCUUGGGCAGAUUCCCCGGCUACAACCAAACUAGCAUCACAACAGCCGAAGAAGCCUGCACUUGAAGGCCAAGCUCUUACUACAGGAAGCCAGGCAAGUGUGCCUUCAGGUCCUUCUGGUGGUGGAUUCCCAGCAGGCGGGUUUGGUCAGAAGUCAGCUCCAUCCCAGAAAGGAGGGAAUCAGUGGCAGACAAAGAAACCACAAAAUACAGGUUCUUCGUGGCAGUCCCACACUCAACCACAGCAAGCUAAAUCCAGCACACAGAGUAAACCCAACUAUACCGUGAACUUCAGUGUUAUUGGAGGCCGAGAAGAGAGAGGUAUCCGAACUCCAGGCUUUGGACAAAAGCCAAAAGUGUCAGAAAAUGAUUUUGAGGAUCUAUUAUCUAAUCAAGGAUUUUCAGCUAAAUCUGACAAAAAAGGAACAAAGACAAUUGCCGAGAUGAGAAAGCAAGAAAUGUCUAAAGACAUGGACCCUUUAAAAUUAAAGAUUCUAGAUUGGAUUGAAGGAAAAGAGAGAAAUAUAAGAGCAUUAAUAUCCACUCUUCACACUGUGCUCUGGGAAGGGGAGAACAAGUGGAAACCAGUUGGCAUGGCAGACCUCGUUACCCCUGAACAAGUAAAGAAGUACUAUAGGAAAGCAGUACUUGUGGUUCAUCCAGAUAAGGCCACAGGACAGCCUUAUGAACAGUAUGCCAAAAUGAUCUUCAUGGAGUUGAGUGAUGCAUGGUCAGAGUUUGAAAACCAGGGAUCAAAAUCCCUUUUCUAAAACUUGAUCUGUACGGGAUUUUCAAAAUGUAUGUGCAGCAAAAUGGAAUGGAGUAUUGUUAGUCUGAACUUCUUAUCUCUAGGAUUUAGGAAAGAUUUUUGCAUGAUUUCAGCAGUUUGAAAUUAUGCACUCAGAAGUGGGUGAUACAUUUUGUGAGAUGCAGAAUCCAGAACAUACACAGAUGCACUCAGAAAACAACUGCUCAAUGCUUCAGAAUCUUAGCCUGAGAACAGAUCUUUCCAUUCAGGUUAAAUAUGGUGAAAUAUAAAAUAACUUUAAUGAUGUCCCCUGAUUUCUGGCAUAAUGGUAUCAAAAGCGUAAGCCAUUCCAAAUCCACUGAUUUUUGGUUUUUCUUUAAAAGAAACACACAACCUCAAUUUGUACUUUAUAUUUUCAAUAGUUAUGAUUUAAUUUUGCUGUUUAGUGCCGUCGCCUUAUUCUAAGUGCUUUAGUUAUAUUAUCAGCAGUGAAUUUGCUCAGCAUAUCUUUUUGUUGAAUCUAUAAGAGGUGUACAUUUUCAUCUGUAUCUUGUAUAAUCAUUCUGAUCAUUCUGUAAAUAAUUAAAAUAUUUUCUGACAAUACCUGUGUUCCUUACAAUGAAUUGACAGUUGCUUAGCCAAAAAGCUCCCAGUUAUGGGAAAGUCAGCCAGGAUUAUUCUUGAUAUAUUUUUUUUUUUAAAAUGCAUAUCAUGAACCUGGAAACAAAUCUUAGCUUUAAUAUAAGGACUGCACAUUCCAACCUUCUGUUAUUUAUUAUGAACUUUUGGAAGGCACCACUAUGACUAGUGUUUAUUUUCCUACUCUGUGAAUUUCAGCUUUCAUUCAAAUUUUUUUCCAGUGGAAUGUGCCUUCCAUUGGCUUUAUAAAUAAACCAUACUAGAAAAAAUGUUGACAGUCAUUUAUUCUGAAACUUGAAAUGUGAGCACAAAACAGUUUACUCUGCUUUGAUUUGUCUGUUUUAACUGAGUCAAUGUUAUAUUGUUAGCUAUCCUCUUGAAAGCAUUUCCUGUGCUUAUGCUGACAGUGAGAUACUUACGUUGCAUAUCUGAGAACUUGAUUUUUAGAAGCAUAUAUGCACACAGCUAUGUAUGCAAAGAACAAAGCAGUGUGUAUAGUUAGGGCAUCAUAUACUUGAUGUACGUUGUGAGUGCACUGGCUGGUGCAAGACUGGUUAAGAACCCAAUGUGAGAACACAGCUCACUGCACUGUUGUUUCUCAUCUCUUUAAAAAAAAACAAAAACCAAAACCCAGAAAUUAACAUGUACAAAUAUAUGGAUAGUUGAAUACUAACGACCAAUGACUAUUGUACAGUAUUAUAUAACUCCAAACUGUAAACCCAAUUCCUGGGGCUAGUUUGCAAAUGUUUUAGUGUUAUUUAAGUUUUGGUGACAGUCUCGUGCACUGCAGCUUUGCUACCCAGGUAGCUUAAAAGAUGUAUUUUAAAUCAAUUUGCAUUUGCAUCCAAUUUGGAUUCUUAGCUGCGAAAGGAACUGCAGUGACAUCAAGGUAGCUGUCUUACAAUGAGCAUCUUCUAAUUUUUCUGUUCCGAUUAUCCCACAAUUUGCAUGAAAUGAGGCUCUCCACUGCCAACUCGAGAUCCCAGUGAAUGGGUUGGAGAAGAGAUUGUGUGAAUGCUGGGUACACUUUAUGGGCUCCCACCAAACUCAGAUAUAACACAGUUGAACUGUUACCUCUGUGUGUAAUGUGUGUACAUAUAUUUGGUCACUGUGAAUUUUGAAAGAAUGGAGGAUUAUUGAACUCUGAUCUGAAUUGCAAAGUAUGGGCUUAUGCCACCACAGCUCUGAAUUAGCUUUAAUCUCAUCGGUGGUUCUUGGAAUCGACAUGAGCAAGCACUCGAUUAUGGGUGUGUGUGCACCCACAUGCACAGUUGUCGGAGACUUUUGCCUUAGCUGUAGGAUUGGCUGUGAUGCCCUCUGGAGUGCCACGCUCAUGCAUCGGUACAUCAGGCAACACCAGCCUUAUGCCCUCUCCGUUCCUUCUUGCUGCCUGUGCUGGUUGGUCAGAGUGCCUCACAGGUGGUCAGUGGUUCUUUACCUUUGAGUUACAGCUGUAAAUAGUUUUGUUUGUUGUAGCUCUUCAGUACUGCAGUUAGUCAGUAAGGAUCCCAGUGGGGACUUUGCACCAGGCAGGGCAUGCCCCGGUCACCGGGUUUUAAGCCCUGCCUGUUAGUGACCUGCAUGGCAGCUGUCUGAAGUGCCUGGGGGAAUCCCAGGUAAAAGAAAAGUGUUGCAUCUGUAAGAACUUUCAUCCCAAGACACAGAAAGAAUGCAACAUUCGUUUGAGGGCCCUCCUCACGGAGGCUACUCUCCAGCCUCAGAACUGUCCCUGCUGGACACAACUCCCAGCACUUUGGCCUCGGUGUGUAGUGCACCCCUGGCACCAGGCUCUACCCAGCACUGAUCCCCAAGAAGAAGCCUAAAAAGUAGGAACCAGCACCGAGCAAGUUGGACCAAGGGGCAUUGGGUAAAGGACCCUGUUUUGGCCACCGGCCCAUGCCAGAGUCUCAGGGGACAUGUCCCUGAGGGGACCUCCUACCUCCCAAGGGAUCUGCCACUCAUUCCAGGGAGCAGUAGGGGACUCAGACUUACGGCAGAGUUAUUGCCUUCCUCCCUCCCUGUGCUGAGAAAGCAAAGCACGUGGCAUGCGGUGAUGGACCUGGCAAAGGCUCCCUGCAAGGGAAAGCCAGCCACGAAAGCCUCGCAGAAGGCAAGUGAAUGCCACCGGUUUCUGGAGCUGGGGAGAACUUGUUGCUGCAUCCCUGGUUUCCUCAUCAGCCCAGGUCACCGAUUCACCACCACAGAUCGCCAGCACUGCCCUCCGGGUUUCCAUCCUCUUAUCGGCUCCAAUUCACGGCAGUUCCCCUUGGCCUCUCCUCAGCACCGGGAAUAUUUACAAAAUGCCUGGCCCCAAUAGUCUCUUACCUGAGGCAUCGGGAGGCCCGUGUCUAUCCUUAUCUUGACAAUUGGCUCAUCAAGGGCAGGUCACGGGAUCAAGUGCAGAACAGUCUCUUGAUCUAGUGUGUUCCACCUGUCACGACCUGGGCCUAUUAGUGAACGAAAAGAAAUCGAUCCUUAGACCAGUGCAAUGAAUAGAGUUUAUUGAGGUAAUCCCAGGGCCAGCUUUAGGCACCGGCGUUCCAAGCAUGUACUUGGGGCGGCACUCCGGCUUUGUUUUGAUUGAUUGAUUGUUUGCUUUGGCAGCAGCACUCCAGCCCCCCUUUUUUAAUUUAUUUUUUUAUUUUAUGUUUGCUUGGGGCAGCAAAAAACCUGGAGCCGGCCCUGGGCAAUCCUCAACUCCACACGGGCCAGAGACUUCCUUCUGGAAGCCCAUUUCCAAGCCAUUUCGGAUGUGAUUUCCUGUAUAAGGGGCCCCCGCUCACCACUGCCCGCAGUUGCCUAUGGUGGCUAGGCCACAUGACUGCCUGUACUUAUGUGGUCCGUCAUGCCCAGCUCCACCUCCAGCCGCUGCAGGCUUGGUUGGCAUCGGUCUAUAUCCCCAACAGGCAUGACCUCGAUCUGGUAGUCAAGGUGCCAGACCAGACCCAGUCAUCACUGGCAUGGUGGUUGGACCCAGCAUUGGCAUUGCAGGGAGUUCCCUUGGGCCGGUGCUACCUCUGUUUUCAGACAUCUCAGACCUGGGCUGCGGGACCCACCUGGGCAAGCUCAGUACACAAGGCCACUGGUCAGGGUUUAACCGCUCCCUCCACAUAAAUGUCAGGGAGCUCAGAGCGAUUUGCCUGGCCAGUCAGGCUUUUUGGUCCCACUUACAAGGCAAAGUGUUUCAGGUCCUGAAAGACAAUAUCACCAUGAUGUUUUAUAUCAACAAAAGCAAGACAGAGCCAGGUCACCAGCCCUCUACCAGGAAGCCCUCCAGCUCUGGGACUUCUGUGUGCAGCAUGCCAUUCAUCUUGUGGCAGCAUACCUCCACGAAGCCUUCUACAUCAAGAGCACCAAGCCAUUCUGCAAGUCGACGCUGUUGUGGCCAGUAGGAUGAAAGGUCAUCCAGUGUCCGCCUAGAGAAUUUUCAUCUUGGAUCACUGCCUGCAUCUGAUUUUACUAUCAUCAGGCAAAAGUGCCUCCACUGGCGAUUUGUAACCACCCACUCAACUAGAGUAAAAGCCUUGGCAGCGGCCUUUCUGGCCCAUGUGCCAAUUCUAAACAUCUGCAGGGCUGCCACCUGGUCGUCCAUUCACAUGUUCACAUCUCACUAUGCAUUUGCUCAGCAAGCCUGAGACGAUGCUGGCUUUGGCAGAGCAGUAUUACAAGCUGCACAUCCGUUAAUUUGAGACCACCCCCAGGGAUACUGCUUGUGAGUCACCUAGAGUGGAAUCAACAUGAGCAAGCACUCGAAGAAUUAAAAACAGUUACCUAUCUUUCGUAACUGUUCUUCGAGAUAUGUUGCUCAUGUCCAUUCCAUUACCUGUCCUCCUGGCUCUCUGUCCGAGUUGCCAGCAAGAAGGAACUGAGAGGACAUAGGGCUGCUGGCGCCUCAUAUACCACCACAUGAGUGCGGCACUCCAGAGAGCGCCACAGCCGGCCCUACAAACACCACUAAGGCAAAAGUAUCUGACAACUGUGCAUGUGGGUGCACACACUCCUAGAGUGGAAUGUACAUGAUAAACUCGCUUUACAUGUUUGGGGCCUUUCAUAGUUCUUGUAUACAAGGCCAAUUUUCAUGAAAUUUAGGGUCCUCUUGGGAGGGCUGAAGUAUUAAGAUUAUAAAGAUUGUACAAAUCUGUCUUGGGCAAGGUAAUGUAAAGCAAUAUAAAUUGUAUACACAGGGCGUGGAGGGGUGGUUUGGAGCAUUAGGCAGUAGUGCAGUUUUAAAUGUUGGACCAGGACGUUCAGGGACCUUUUUAAAGGGACAUUGUCCAUUUUAAAAUCAUGUUUGUUUGUUUGUUUUCUUUGCUACAAGUAUAGCAACUAGGAUUACUGGAAUGGAAAAGGUUAGAGAACUACUUUUUUCUGUUUGUGUAUUUCACAGCACUUCGUGUGCAGUCACUUUCGCUGUUUCUCUUGUAUCAUCACUGUGCAGGUUUUGGGGACAGCCAUAGGGAGCAAUUUUAAAAUGAUAAAAAUUGGCGAGGCACGGGAAGAACAAGUACAGGACCAGAAACUCGUCAGUUUGAAAUGUGGCUAGGUUUCCAGUGUGGAGUCCUUUGAAGUCUAGGAGAACUCGGGAGUAUGAUAGUGGAUUUUUUAAGAAAAGACCAAUUCUGCCAGUUACUGUGAAGUCUUAGUGAAAUAAUGAAGUAUGGAGAGGUGAUACGAAUAAUCAACAGCAUAGGGUCACCCCCAUAACCAAUUGUGGGGCACUGUAAGGAAUGAGUUGCCUGCCUUUCACCCCAGCUAUCUCCAUUUAAUUGACAGGUGAAGUGAUAGAGGUGUAUGAAGUCUUUGGGGAUGGAAGAUGCUGUAUGGAUGUGUAAUUAGUAAAUCUUGCUAGAGACACUUGAUUGCCUUUGACUCAAUUGUUUAUUACGGGAUACAAGACUGGAUAUAGGAGACAGUGGGUUUCAGUAAAGAACUGUUCAUGUUUCCAUCUGUGUGGUUUUUCAGAAAUCACAAUUAUCCUCACUGCUGAGAUGCCAUGGCCUCUAGUAUAAGGAGCAGCGGAUCUCCACCAUGGCUGGGGACAGGAAGUGCCACCACUGCAUACCCUGGACACACUCGUUCUAUUGAUUGAAUGUUGUGAUUAAUUUAAUUGAAUCUUUGAUGAAACAAUUAUGCAUGACACACCCACAGUCCAAAAGAUACACAUCUAAAUACAUAUCCUAAUUUAAAAUAAUGCAGCCAUUUUAGUUAGUCUUUCGCUACAGCCAGACACAGUGUGGAUGGAGUGUGUAAGUGGCUAGGGAGUACACGUCUAGAGGAACUGCUGUGUUCAGGGCUGUUUUUCUUUUACCUAGAAUGGCAUUAGCAGAAUAAGUUAGUGAGUAUUUAACAGUUGUAUUAAGGAGUAAUAGUGAUUGUCAGUUUUUUCUAAUUUUGAACACUUUGGAAAAGCUAUUCCUAAUUUUAUUGUUUAACCCUGGUUAAAGAUUCAACGUACAGUAGAACCUCACUGGGGUCUUGCUUUUCAGAAGUUGUAGGUGUUCCAGUUUCCGUUCUUUCCAGAGGAAGUUUUGGGGGCUCACCAUGCGAAGGGGGAGAUGUUUGAGCUGGUUAGUGAGGUUCACAAGCAAUUGAGCACUAGGGAGCAGAAGUAGGUCUGAUCAGUUGCAGAGAACCAUAUCAUCCUGCUCCCUCUUGCCCUUGGCUGAGGCCUGAUCCAUAGCAACAAGUGCGUGCUAGGUCCUUGAGAAGCAAGAGGAAAAACAGCCCUUCCCCAGAAACCUUGCAAGUAGUUUAACGGAGAGAGGAUGGAAAAUGAGCAAUAAAUAAGAUCUAGCACAGAGCAGGUCCAUCGACUUCUGCUCCUAAUGAGAUUGAAGUGGAAGCAGGAACCUCUCGUUGCUCCCUCUGCAGCUGGAGGAGAAGUAGACAUGUGAGACCACUCAGUAAUCCCAAUCUCACUGGUCUGUAGCCCAGUGCCCUGCAAACUCCUUUUGUUCAUACUUGGAACCUCGCUGGUAACUAGAGUGACCAGAAAUCCUGAUUUUAUAGAGACAGUCCUGAUAUUUGAGGCUUUUUCUUAUAUAGGCUCCUAUUACUCCCCACCCUCUGUCCCGAUUUUUCACACUUGUUAUCUGGGCACCCUACUGGUAAUGCAAACCUGCAAUGGGUUUUCAGUUUAACUGCAGCCCUUACAAUUCAUUAUAAAAUGCAAUGCAGCUGGAUGUACCAGCUAAUCCUGCUCGCAGAUGCAUGCUUUCAUCCAUACUGACAUGAUGCCUGUUUACCUUUUCACUUGUUAACUGCUCAUUUAAAUGUAAAUGGUAGCUCUUCUCACUGGACUGCCUCCUACUGGUUGCAUUGUUCUCUGCCCUUCCUCUUCAGCAUCUCAUUCCCAAGCAUGUUAAGUCUUUAAAACUAGAACAAGUACCCAUCACAACUUGAUUUUAUAUGCUCUGUUAGUAACUCAGCGUGUGGUACUUUGUCAUCAAAAAUAUUUAGCGAGACAGGUUGGAUGAGGUAAUACCUUUUUUGGACCAACUUCUGUUAGUGAGAGAGACAGGCUUUCGAACCACGCAGAGGUCUUCCUCAGGUUAGUCCAGUAAAGGAUAUUACCUCACCCACCCUGUGUGUCUCAUACCCUGGGACCCACACAGCUACAACUACACUACAUAAAAAAAAUAUUUAGAGCAUUUUUGAGUCUGAAGCAAAACUGAAGGUAACAAUGUGCACUUAAGAGUUAGAAACAAUUGUCCCCUGAGAAGUUAAUUUGAUAUCCAUCACAGAUGAAUUGGAGUUCAUACGGAUUGCCGGCCUGUUGAUAUAGUUGUGUAUUAUGUCUUAAACUUUGCACUUGCUGUUGUUUGCAAAGGUGGUAUUCCGUCUGAUUAUCCACUAUAUUUCAGUCCACAAGCAGUGCAGCCUCUGAAGACCGUACUUGGUAUACUGAACUGUAAUGCUUUGGGGUCUGGAUCUAGAGUCCUUUCAGGCCUACUGUGAAUGAAAAGCAACCGCCUUUGCACGUUAUCAGUUCAUGAUUGUGGCCACAAAGGAGUUAGCCCUUCACAAAGUCAACACCGCUGUAGUGCAGGAAGAAUUUAAGAUGAUGUAGCGUAAAUCAUUGUGGAGGACCAGAGGUCAAUAGCUUGAUUCUAAACUCACUUCAAACAGCAGUGUGAAAAAAUCACUGUUACCCCAUUGACUGCCUGGCACCACCAUCAUCAAAUGCAGAAUCAGGGGCUAAGACUUGUAUAGUCUCUGGUCUCUGUUCUCCAGCUGUUUUCAGAGCAGCAGUGCCUGCCUGCAAUCAGUUACAUCCAGGACCAAGGCCUGGCUGCAAGGACCACUAUUUUUGGGGAGGGACAGGGCAGUGAGGGAAGAGAAUAUACAAUGUGAAAGUGAGGGACAGCCCUAGUAAUUUUGUUUCUGGGUUAAUAAACUAGACAAGAAUGUCAGCUGUGUAGGGUAGGACAAUUGAGCUGUGACUAUGGAUCUGACCCAAAGGAGAACUGACAGUGAAGACGUGGUUAAGAGUGGUUGUGUACUUUAAAGAUGACCGAAAAGGAGGGCAAUAUCUUUCCGAAAAUGUGUGUGGUGGUGAUGAAAUCCGCUUGCUUUUUCUUUAACUGUAAGAACACCUGGCAAGCCAAGCCUGCCCUUCCCUACCUUGGCUUGAGAACUCGUUGGACAUAUCCAAUAGGAAUAGAAUAGUGGUUUAGGAUUGAGCAUUUUGGUAUUUUCAUCCAUUGAUAGCCAUAUAGAAUCAUGAACAGAGAAGUCUCUUCUCCCUAGUGGGUGUUAGCUAUGGAGUUAAGAAGGCCACCGAAAGAACAGUCUGAUUAAAUAGCCCUUCCGCUUUGUCACUUCUUUCCUCCAGCAAAGAAGGUAGGCAGGACCUGAAAUUGUCAUCCUAAGCCACACUGGCCAGGAGGGACGUGAGCAUAAAUAGCAAUAGCAGGGACACUUUCAGCCCUUCAUCAGCAAAACCGGCAAGUGGUCUUUCCCUUUGCACUUCUCGGUGUAAAGUGAACUGCUGCUCCUUUAGUGCUCACACUCACUAGAUUGAAUUGGUGGGGGGGAUACCUCCUUUUAGAAGAGUUGGCUUUGUGCCAUGAGCAGAAUGAGUUCCUCUCCAAGCAGAGUUUGUUCUCUCAAAGUUGUGUUCUGGGCAUUAAGAUUUUGCAGAAAUACGUGCCUGACCUGGGAGGUGCUGAGGACUUGCAAUUCUCAGUCAUUGCAACUCGCAAAUGUUCAGUGUCUCCGGAUCAGGACUUUAAUUUGCCAGCCACUGGCAAUGUAGGCCCAUGUUGUCACAGCCAAUAGUUUUAUUUGCUGCCUAUGAAAAAUAGUUGCAGGGCCUUAUGAGUCUAAUUAAUUGAUUUUAAAAGUGAUUCACUUGUGUAAGUUCUACACUUAUUGUCCAAGAAUUUCUUUAUCACAGAUGCUUUGAUAUUGUGAAUGAGGUUAAAAUAAAACCUUAACGUUUUGGUCUUGCACUUUUCUUUGUGGGUCAGCUGAUGUUUUUCUGUUGGAGUUGAAGGUAAUCAGCCUUCACAAUCACUAAUAAGAAUGUGUCACUUUCCCACUGCUUUAGUCUACUCCUAGUGCAGUAAUCUUUUUUAACUACCAGAGAUGUGUAUUCAGAAUAUUUAGCAAUGGUCAUAGAAUAUUGAAAUCUGUGUAUUAAGGUAAGAGAAUAACAAAUGGCCCAUGGUCCUAAUCUCUUUGAAUCUUGCAUAAUUCACUUACCCCCUGCUUAAGAUAAGUUUAUUGCCACUCGUGGUUAUACUGCCUCACAUUUUAAAACAGACACUCCAAAAAUAUGAAUGCAACUGUUCUAUGAAGGAUGCAUUUUCUGAUAGAAGUUUUUUGAUGAAGUGUUGCAAAACAGGAUUGAGAAGCAUCUCGAAACCUCUCUUUAAUUGAAUGUACUGUAUAUUUGCAAUUUAGUCCUUUAGAUGUGAUCAGCAUCUAAAUUAGGAAGAUUUAAAUCACUUGGAGAUACUUUGUAAUUUCAUGUAGUUGAUAUGUACUUUUUAUUAGAGGUUUUUUGUUUUUUUUUUGGUGAGUGGAAGGACAAAGGAAGUUUGAACCUUAUUUUUGGCAUCUUUAUCAGGAAAUGCAAUGUAUCAAGUCCUUUUGCUACUAGUGAAAUGAAAAUCUAUACAUGUGUAUGUAUAUAAAGGAAAUAGUCUAAGAUUAAACCUUGUAAACAAAAAAUGAAUGGGCUGUUAAUGUUGGGCACAAUGUUUUUGAACAAAGCACUUUGUUUGAAAUGUGACAUGAUUCAAUCAAUGAUCAAUUAAAACAAACCAAACACA